AUGGAUCGUUGUACUAGAGAACGUAUUUUCAAGGAUGAAAUUCAUGGACAAAUUGCAUUCAUUUCUGGUAUUUGUAAACAAGUUAUUGAUACUGAAUCAUUCCAAAGGCUGAGAGAUUUGAAACAAUUAGGAAGUUGUUAUCACGUCUUUCCAGGUGCAUCACAUAAUAGAUUUGAACAUUGUUUAGGUGUUGCACAUUUAUCAAAGAGAUGGAUUGAUAAAUUCUAUCAUAUUGGCUCAAUGAAAGAACAUAACAAACCAAACUUUGCAGACAUGUACAUUUUACAAGUUGCUGCCUUGUGUCAUGAUUUAGGACAUGGUCCAUUUAGUCACGUAUUUGAUAAUGAAUUUAUUCCAAGAGCAUUAAAUUAUAGAACUCCAGAAGAAAGAAAGAAUGGUUGGACUCAUGAGCAAGGAAGUAAAACAAUGUUUGAAUACAUGUUAGAAGAAACCACCAAUGAUAUUCAUGGUAGGACAAAGAAUGAUGACUUGGUUCAAUUAUUACAUGAAAAACCGAAUGACUUUGUAAAUACUCCACAAACAGCAACAUAUUCAGAAGGGUGUUUUGAACCAAAUCAUUUUUAUGAUUAUGAUGGUAUUUCACUUUUAGAUUUCCAAAAAAGAGAAAAACAAAUGGUAUUUGAUAUGAUUGAUGGUAGAAUUUCUAAUUCAGAAAGAUCAGAAGAAAGACAAUAUUUGUAUCAAAUUGUUGCCAACAAAUUCAACUCUGUAGAUGUAGAUAAGUUUGAUUAUUUAACACGUGACUGUCAAAACUUGGGUUUAAUUUCAUCUUACGAUAGUAGUAGAUUAAUGGAAUUCAGUAGAGUUAUUGGUGGUGAAAUUUGUUUCUCAUCUAAGGAAGUUUACAAUUUGUAUGAAAUGUUCCAUACCAGAUAUAAUUUACACAAACAAGUUUAUACUCAUCGUGUUGGUAAAUCUGUAGAAUAUAUGAUUACUGAUGCUCUGGUUGAAGCAGACCCAUAUUUAAAGAUUUCAGAAAUGAUUAAUCAUCCAGAACAAUAUGUUCAUCUCAGUGAUUCUAUUUUAUAUCGUAUUGAAUCAUCAGAUGCUCCAGAAUUGGAAAAAUCAAGACAACUUUUAAAGAGAAUUAAGAGAAGACAACUUUACAAAUUUGUUGAUGAAAUUAUUUUACCUAUUGAUAGACAUAAGGAAUUUGAAUCAUUAGAAGAGAUUGAUAUUACUUCAUGUCAUAAUGGUGAUGGUGAACUUUUACCAAGUGAUAUUAUUAUUCAUAACAUGGCUAUUAACUAUGCAUUGAAAGAUAAGAAUCCUGUUGAUCAAUGUCUUUUCUAUAAGAAUGGCAGUGAUGAAUCAUUCAAAAUUGCAAGAGAACAAGUUUCCUAUUUAAUUCCAUCUCAAUUCAUUGAAAAAUAUGUUAGAGUAUUUGUUAGAGAUGUUAACAAGUUGGAUAUUGCUUAUUCUGCAUUCCAAAAUUGGAUUCAAAGAAAUCGUUUGCAAAAGCAAAUUAACAUUUAA